AAUUAGAAUGUCAAUUGCACAUGCUAGUUCUUAAUUCUGUUUUUUUUUUUUCCCACUAAUUUAAUGCUUUCUCCCAUGUUAUCUAUGCAUAUUGGAUUUUAUUGGUAGGGAACGGAAGCAGUGGAGGGUCUUAUUCUAUUAUCUCCCGAUAGAAAUGGCAUCAAAGUGAAUGCAAAAGCCUUUCAAAAAAUGAACAGACUCAGAGUACUUCAUCUCAGUCAUAUUCACCUUAAUGGAAGUUAUGAACAUAUAUCUAAAAGGAUAGUAUGGCUACGCUGGCACGGUUUCAAUCUCAAUUUUCUGCCUUCACAACUAUACGUGGAAAAUCUAGUUGCUCUUGACUUGAGUCAUAGCAUGAUAAAACAAGUUUGGAAAGGAACAAAGGUAAAAUCAUUAUUUCUUAUUUCUAUAUUUCAAAUACUCACUCUCUAUCAUGCAAUAGUCAAUUAUUCUCUCUUUUUUAUUUUUAACAGAUUCUGGUCAAAUUAAAAUAUCUGUAUCUUCGUCAUUGUUAUUACCUAACCGCAACACCUGACUUUUAUGGAUUCUCUAAUCUGGAAGAAUUGUUUCUUGACAAUUGCUUACGAUUGGUAGAGGUUGAUGGCUCCAUUAGAUACCUCCAAAAACUUCUUGUUCUAGACCUCACAAGUUGUAAAAGGCUUAGAAAGCUUCCCUCGGGGCCUUGGAUGUUGAAUACCAAAAUACUUAAUCUGUCUGGAUGCUCUAAACUAGAAGCUUUUGCUAAAUUUCAAGGAGCAACGUCGAAAUCUGGAUACUGGUUGCUGUCAUCUUGGGCAUUGCGGACAAAGAGUGUGGAUUCUAUUGUUUUGUCACUGAACUCCGUACAAGGCUUAAGGUGCUUAAAGCUAUUGCGCAUGGCAAACUGCAGCUUGUCAAAUAUACCCACUGAAAUUGGGACACUGAUCCAAUUAGAAUGUUUGGAUCUUGUAGGAAACAAGUUCUCUAGCCUACCACACAACAUCAGUAACCUUACUAACCUUGUGCACCUCAAUUUGAAUUACUGUGCAAGACUCCAAUCCCUCCCAAAACUUUCAGCAAGUUUGCAAUUUGUGGAAGUGCAGAAUUGCCCAUCUUUAGAAAGUAUAUCACUUCAAUCAGAAUGGCAACACACGGACAUGUUGUUUUACAAUUGUCCUCAAUUAGAUGAGAACUAUUUUGCUAACGAGCUUGGAAGGAAUUUGCUCCAGGGCUUGGGAUUAGGUACACUUAGUAUUUCUAUUUCAGGGGACAAGUUUAUAGAUUGGUUGCAGUAUCAGACUACAGGAUCAAGCAUGUCGUUUGUAGUGCUACGUCGUGUAAAUCAAAGUUUAGUAGGGUGGAUAUUUUGUGCAGUCUACAAAGCUGAAGCAGAUUUUUGGCGCAUUUGUACCGAAAUCCACAACAAAACCAAAGGCACUCGGAUCAAUCACGGACGAGAAGAUAACAUACCUGCCAAAUCAUUGGGAGGCGGCCCCUUCAGAGAUGGCACGGUGCUUGGCUAUGAUACUUCAUUUUGUCGGGAACAUACAGAUCAGAUGCAAGAAGGCGAUGAAGUAGAGAUUUCCUCUGUAUCAUAUAAUGUAUUGCUCAUGAAGUGGGGGAUUCAUCCCAUUUACCAGAAUAUUAAAUAUUAAUUGCGUGAAUAUUCAUACAUGAUGACAAGAGGCAAGAGCAUGGAUUGGUGACCAGUCUUGUACUAGUAACGCUGUUCAACAAUUGAUCCAACACAACAGAAUCAUUAAGUAAAUAUGGGCUGUCUUUCAUCAA